AUGGUUGAACGUAACCACAGUGUAUUCGAAACUUUGACCACAUCCGCUCACGGCAAUGAAGGCAUACAGCGUGACGAACUGGAAACCACAUUGCUACACGACGAUGCAUACACUCACGUUAUUUCCGCCCGGAAGUGGAAACGUCUACUUGACCGAGCAGACGAAGAUAGAGACCGGUUCAUAACGUUUCCGGAAUUUAAAAAUAUGUAUGAAAAGUUCGGCCUCAGUCAAGCGGAACGGACGGCCAUGAAGCGAUUUCUGGGAGCCGCCCUGGUGAACAUCGUCCCGCGAGCGUGGCGCACGGACUUCCUCCGAAAUUACAACUGUCGCCCGCCGCCAUUCUUUAUGCCAGUCGUUAGUCUACUAGAGGUGGGCGUUUUUAUUUACUACGCUAUCCUGCUUGGGCGGGGCGGAAGGCCGGUCACCGCGUUCGAAGGUCUACCCAACCCUAACGUGCUUAUGUACGUCCCUACACGCCGGUAUGAGGCAUGGAGAUAUAUCACCUACAUGUUGGUUCAUCAAGGCUACAUCCACCUGCUAUUCAACCUGUGUUUUCAACUUUUCCUCGGACUGCCCCUAGAGAUAGUACACAAGUGGUGGCGAGUGGCUCUCGUCUAUGUUGGCGGGGUGGUUGGCGGAUCCCUCGCCCACUCCGUUACUGAUAUUUCUGUAAAUCUCGCUGGUGCUAGUGGUGGCUGCUACGCAAUCAUAGGGGCGCAUAUUGCUUCCGUCAUUUUGAAUUGGAAGGAGAUGAAUUUCAAGUGUUCCGCCAAAGACCCUGUCCGCCUUCUAACAAGCGCCUACGUUCGACUCACUCUGCUUGUUUUGCUAAUUGGAGCAGAUGCAGUCAAUGCGGUGUACCGUAGAUUUUACGAGCCCGACAAUUUCAAAGUGGGUAUCACUGCGCACAUCGGGGGUUUUCUCACAGGUUUGUUGCUUGGAGUGAUCGUCCUGAAGAACGUCAAUAUCCUCUCCUGGGAGAGACGUAUAGGCUGGGCCGCCCUUGCCAUCUGGCUGGCCGCCAUCCUCGUCUGCAUCCUCAUUAAUGGUCUACGCACCGGAUAUCCUGAAACAGACUUCACGUCAAUAUACUCACAGUUCUGAUGUCAUUGUUCCGAAUAUCUUUGUCACAACACGAUUUCGGAUCUAUGUCGACUUUAUAAAGCAAACUGUUCAAUUACGAAUUUUGUUAUCCGCGGUCGAUAAGGCUGAUAAAUGCAGAGAAUAGUGCAGCGCAAUCGGAUCACCAGUACAACGAGCCACGGAGUUAUGCUGGAGCAUUAAGCACCAGUAAAUUGUAACCCCGGCUGGUGCAUUGGUAAAUUUGACCAGUAAAUUAAAAUGGUGGCGGCGCCUACAAAGUGGAUGUCUGCCUGUACGUUAAGUGUUAGACAGGCGACUUCUUUGUCUGAUAAAUAACAAAGUAGAAUAGAAUCAGGUAUAUUUUGUGAUUGAAUUACUACGCGAUCUACUUGAAGCGUAGUUAUAUGUUAACAAAUGACAUUGUUAACCGUCCAUAUACAUACGAGGUUGUUUCGGUGAAAUUGGUCGAGGUACUCCGAUUAAGUGCAACAUAGGGUCGAAUCUCAACAAAAUCUAAACUCGGUUACGUUAAAUAAAAAAAUAAAACAUUUAAAACGAAACUUUAAAGUCGUUAUAUAUCGCAAUGCGUUCAUUGCGCAUGCUCAGCAAAGCCUAAUAUCUAAAGCGUUUUGUAGCGAGCAAGCGUUUUACUACAUUUAUAAAUGCAAACAUUUAACUGUUUUAAAAACAUUUUUUUAUUUAUCUACUGGUGAAGGCGUUGCCACGAAACGUUCAGCUGCUAUAAAAGUUCUUAAAAACAUAUCGUCUUUGCUUGAUGUUUUAAAAUAUAUUAUUCAUGACUACAGUGCAUACACUAAGAGGUCUUGUGAGUUUGAGAUAUAUAAGAGCAUUCCCAAUUGUUUUAAAACUUGUAAAAUGUUUUAUUGUGUUCGUAGUAGGUGCGUGUUCUCCGUCCUGUAUUGUAAUCAAUCUCUUAUAUCUAUGAUGAUUUUCAUUUGAAUGUAUCGAAGCUAUUCUGUUUAGUUUGACAUAAUAAUUCUUACAGCCGUGGCUGACAUCGUCUAUGUUUACGUAUCAAUAUUUGUUAAUACUGUGUGAUGAAUUGUUUGGAAGCAUCCUAGAUUCAAUUAUCCCCUAAUUAGGACUUAGUAUUUCCAAUAGGAGAUAAUGUAUAUUAGUCCUUAUUAGGAAAUGCGAAGUCCUAAUCACGAGUUAUAUUACUCCUAAUUACGAGAUAAUAUCGUUAUUACGAGAUAAUAAGUCCCAACUACAAGAGGAGAUACUAAUGCGUAAUUAUGAGAUAAUAAGGUAUAUUUAAGAUAAAAAAUCGUUUUAUGAGAUACUUAAUUCUAAUUAGGAUAAUUUAUCUUGUUAUAACGAUAUCAUGAGCCCUGAACCAAGAAACUCGUUAUUAGGACCUAUGCUCUCGUAACAAGGACCCUAUAUCUCCUAAUUAUGACUUAGUAUUUCCGAAUUACGAGCUUAUAAAUUAAUUAGGACCCAUUAUAUCCUAAAUAGGACUUCUUAUCUCCUAAUUACGAGAUAGCCUCGCUAAAAAUAGUACAAACUGUUGCAAUAGGACGCUUCCAAAGAGUUGACCUUAAUGUAUCGAUAUUAAUGACCGAUGUUUAUUUUAAUAAAUGAACAACCCA